AAACUCCAAUUGUCAUGGCUGAAGGAGAGAAUGAAGUGAGAUGGGAUGGACUGUGCAGUAGAGAUUCAACUACUAGAGAGACAGCACUGGAAAACAUUAGGCAGAUCAUUGUGAGAAAAACCGAGUGUCUUCGUUUGGUGAAAGAGACACCUUAUCGUCCAGCAGACGGCCUUGCAAAUGCUGUUUCUUUGGAUGGGUUGAAUAAGCUUCUUGCUCAUCUGCUUAUGCUUUCUAAGAGGUGUCCCUUUAAAGAUGUAAGAGAGAAAAGUGAGUUUAUUCUGAAGAGCGUCCAGGAACUUGGAAUUAGAAUUCCUCGACCACUAGGACACGGACCAAGCAGAUUCAUCCCAGAAAAGGAGAUUCUCCAAGUGGGGAGUGAAGACGCACAGAUGCAUACUUUAUUUGCAGAUUCUUUUGCUGCUUUGGGUCGUUUGGAUAAUAUUACCUUAGUGAUGGUUUUUCACCCACAAUAUUUAGAAAGUUUCUUAAAAACUCAACACUAUCUACUGCAAAUGGAUGGGCCAUUACCCCUACAUUAUCGGCACUACAUUGGAAUAAUGGCUGCAGCAAGACAUCAGUGCUCCUACUUAGUGAAUCUCCAUGUAAACGAUUUCCUUCAUGUUGGUGGAGACCCCAAGUGGCUUAAUGGUUUAGAGAAUGCUCCUCAGAAACUACAGAAUUUAGGAGAACUUAACAAAGUGUUAGCCCAUAGACCUUGGCUUAUUACCAAAGAACAUAUUGAGGGACUUUUGAAAGCUGAAGAGCACAGCUGGUCCCUUGCAGAACUGGUACAUGCAGUAGUUCUACUUACACACUAUCAUUCUCUUGCCUCGUUCACAUUUGGCUGUGGAAUCAGUCCAGAAAUUCAUUGUGAUGGUGGCCACACAUUCAGACCUCCUUCUGUUAGUAACUACUGCAUCUGUGACAUUACAAAUGGCAAUCACAGUGUGGAUGAGAUGCAGGUCAAUUCAGCAGGAAAUGUUUCGGUAAGUGAUUCCUUCUUUGAGGUCGAAGCCCUCAUGGAAAAGAUGAAGCAGUUACAGGAAUGUCGAGAUGAAGAAGAGGCAAGUCAGGAAGAGAUGGCUUCACGUUUUGAAAUAGAAAAAAGAGAGAGCAUGUUUGUCUUCUCUUCAGAUGAUGAAGAAGUUACACCAGCAAGAGAUGUAUCUCGUCACUUUGAGGAUACUAGUUAUGGCUAUAAGGAUUUCUCUAGACAUGGAAUGCACGUCCCAACAUUUCGAGUCCAGGACUAUUGUUGGGAAGACCAUGGUUAUUCUUUGGUAAAUCGUCUUUAUCCAGAUGUAGGACAGUUGAUCGAUGAAAAAUUUCACAUUGCUUACAAUCUUACUUAUAAUACAAUGGCAAUGCACAAAGAUGUUGAUACCUCAAUGCUAAGACGGGCUAUUUGGAACUAUAUUCACUGCAUGUUUGGAAUAAGAUAUGAUGACUAUGACUAUGGUGAAAUUAACCAGCUAUUGGAUCGUAGCUUUAAAGUUUAUAUCAAAACUGUUGUUUGCACUCCUGAAAAGGUUACCAAAAGAAUGUAUGAUAGCUUCUGGAGGCAGUUCAAGCACUCUGAGAAGGUUCACGUUAAUCUGCUUCUUAUAGAAGCUAGGAUGCAAGCAGAACUCCUUUAUGCUCUGAGAGCCAUUACUCGCUAUAUGACCUGAUGCCUUUCCUCCAUUAAAGAAGAUGAACGAUCAGCAGAUAUUGUCCUACAAGGGGAAGGUACUAAGCCCCAGGACCAAUGGUAGAUAAAAGAAUUCAGAAAUCCACUGUGCCAUGAUUCCUUUAGUUUCUGCUAUUUUACUGUGGAAAUGCCACUGCUGGCACAAGCAGUGAGUGCUUGGCAGCUUCAAGUUUAGAGCUGUGAAGAAGGGCUGCUAUUCACAGUAUUUUGCUUUUUGACAGUACAAGAUGCUGUAUAACUUUUAAUACAGCAAAUAGUAACUCUCAAAAUCCUGUUGCUUCUAUGUUAAAAAACAACAAGAAUUGGAGCAUGCAAAGAAUGGGACUUUGAUAAUGAUGUAAGCUUUUAUAUUGAUACAUAAAGGAUUUUAGAUAUUGGUGCUGCUAUUCCUGCUGGUGGAAUGAAUAGAGUGGCUGUUCCAGUUAAGCUAUUAGUAAUAAAGUGAACACUGCUACUAUCUGAGCCUACAUACAUAAUUUUUGUGGUUUCAAAUUAAACUUGCAUAUGUGUUAAUAUUUUUUGCACCUAAAAUUACUCACAGCUCGGCAAAGACCAUUAUGAUGGUAACAGCUCAUUUCUUUCAUACAGUUUUUUAAUUCAGUUAUUGGAUGAUACUAAAUUACAGUGGCAUUCUUAAAGAUUUUCUUCAAAAAGCAAUCUUAAAUGAAAGCGUGUAAAUUAUAAGAAAAGCUGGCUACCUUUUGAUAUGCUGUUUCCCAAGAUUCUCUGACACUGGAGGGCAGCUGUCUUGUACAGUAUUUUUGUUUCCAGCACCAAAGUUAUGGGAAAUAUUGCUGUAGACUGCUGCACAGUCCCAGGUGCAUUCUGCCCCUCUGCUCCUGCCCACCUCAUGGUCCCCACUUCAGAGGUUGUACAGCUCCUUAAAUAAUAAAGCUGGAAAAUAUAUUUAGUCAGGUUAUCAAAUUUGAUUUACAAAAAUGCUAGCUUUGUUUGAAAUGCAAACAGGCUUGAAAAAAAUGUAUUAAGUACUUUGUAUUCUGGAGGCGUGAACUGCUUUUGAAGUCUGUCAGUAUUAUUGGUAUUUUUCAAUAAAGAAUAAUUUUUCUGCAA